GGUCUAAGACAGGAAGAGAAACAAACGGAUAAGAGAAGAGCAAUACACUGUUUUCUCCUCGGCGUGGUGAGUCUCAAUCUCAUGUUCUGUCGGAAUGGCAACACUACGCACUCCAGCGCACUCUAGCACUACUCCUUUUGGUUUCUCUUUCUCAUCCUUGCCUCGCUCUCUCUCCCAAAACUAUGCCGCCGCAAAAACGAACAGACCACCAGUGAGGUGCGCAUUGAAAUCGCCUCCUGAAUGGCGGGAGAGCCGCCGAUUGGUCUCCUUCUCUCUCGCCCUUUCACAGUUGCUCUUUCUCCCUAAUGAUGCUAUUGGGGGCAGCUUGUUGGAUAAAUAUGUGAAAAAGAAAAAGCUGGACCCAUUAGAGGUUUAUGUACCCCCUCUUAUACUAACACAAUUGCAGAUUAAGGACUUAGAGAAAACACUGGAGGUUGAUAAGCCAGAAUAUGCUAGCUGCCGGUCACAACUACGUUCUGGACCAGCUGGAUCUUUGCGUGUAAAUAUCCGUGCAGUAGCACAGUAUGCUUCAGAUGCUGGAAAUGGUAAAUCUGCUUUCAAUGAUGUUGAUCAAUGCCUCAGGGCCUUGGAAGAUCUGGAUUCUUUGUUUCUGCGUGCAUCCAGAAAUGAUGGAGAAACUUCUGUGAAAUCAAUGAAAGCGAAGAUUGGAACUGCUCUUAAUGCACUGGACAGCCUCCUCCAAACUGUCCCUUCUGAAGUGUUAAAUAAAGGAAAAGCUAUAGCUGAUGCUUAUAGACAGGCAGAUGAAGAGGAAGAAGCAGAAACAUUGGACCCAGAAAUUAAAGAGUUGGAGUCAAUACUGUAAACUUAUGUGCAUAUUUUGGUGACAAAUUGAGUCUCUAUCAUCUUUUGUGAGGGAUUGACCCAGAAAUUAAAGUUUUGCAUUAUAUUCAGUCUUAUCAUGGUAUGAAUUAAUCUGAA